AUGUCAGACGCAGAUAAAAGAGCUAAAUUAGAAGCAUUAGCAUCUAAAAAGAGAGCACAAGCUGAACAAUUAACAAAGAAUGAUCCAACUAAAAGAGCAGCAACCUCAUCAUCAAGCUCUAUCAAUAAACCAGUACAAAAGAAAGCACCAGUUGGAAGAGGUGGUUCAAUUUCAUUAAACUCUAGAAAUUAUAAAGAUAAUGAAGAUGAUGAAGAAGGAUCAGAUCAAGAUAGUUACGAAGAUGAUGGUUUUGUUGUUAGAGAUUCAGAUGCUUCAGAAUCCGAAUCAGAGAGUGAAGUCUCAAGUGAAGAAGAAAGUAGUGAGGAUGAAAAAAGAAAAAAGAAAAAAGUACAAGCACCACCACCUAAAAAAUCUUCAUCAUCAUCAUCAUCUUCAUCAUCAAAGGUUGUAGAGAAAAAGAAAUCAUCAUCAUCAUCCUCCUCCUCAUCAUCAAAGAAAUCACGUAAAGAUUCAGACUCUGAAGAUGAAUCUGAAGAAGAAAAAGAAUCAAACUUUAAAUUUGACACAAGAGAAUUCCAAAAUUUACCAAGAUUAGGUUCAAGAAGGUCAACUGCUUUCGUUGUCACUGCACCACCACCAGGUGCUUCUGAUGAUGAAGAUGAAUCUGACGAUUAA